AUGAAGUUACUAACUGGUCAGAAACAAUUGCUGACUCUACUUGGAGCUGGUAUUGUCAGCUACUCGGCUAUUCCAGUAGCCAUGGCCGAUAGCAAGAAGCCCAUUUAUGACGAUGAAGAGAAGAACGAGGAAACCGUUGUAGUAGUCCAGCCAGAAGAGACACAGCUGAUCAACACGGAAUACGUCGGUAAUACACCCAUCAAGUCGUCGAAAUUCUUAGAAGAGAACAUUGAAGUGGCACGCAAGUGGGUCUAUGAACAGAGCCAGACCGUGCAAGCCAAGGUCGACGACAGUUUUCAAACGUAUUUGCAAGCCGAGAGAAGCGUGACUUCGACCGUGUCGAACUUAAAGGACGAAAACGAGGACAUUCUCCCUGGUGGAAUCUAUAUUCUCAUUGGCGCGUUAAGUGGAUCUAUUUUUGCUCGUCGUAGAGGAUUUGUUCUUCGAACAGUGACUCCUGUUAUUUUUGGACUCGGCGCAUUCAGCUACUUCCUCCCUAAGACAUUCAACAACACCCGGGCCUUAGUCUGGUCUUUUGAGCAAAAGUCGCCUGCUAUUGCCGACACACAUAUCCAAAUCCAGAACCAGGUCGAAUCACUUGCAGAAUCAGCCAAAUCUGCUGCCGAACAAUCACAAUCGUCGCUCGAGUCCGGCGUCCACUCGGUGCGCCAGUUCGUGGCCGAGUCCACCGGCCUGCAAAUCGGCUCGUCCUCAUCCUCUAACAACAAAAAGUAA